AUGUCCUCCACGCUUUCACAAGAUUUGCCUUUUUCACUCGAGGCAAAUGAAACGAAAGCAAUUAGUAAUGAAGAAUUAAAGAAAUAUAAAAGAACAGAAACUAAAAUUAAAAAUAGACCGACGACUGGUAAACGACGAAUAGUAUAUGCCAAUUUACCUUUACCACAAGAUAAGAUUGACGGUAAAGGUCGUCCUAAUAUCAAAUAUGUUUCAAAUAAAAUAGUUACUGCAAAAUAUACUUUAUGGACUUUUGUACCGAAAAAUUUGUUUGAACAAUUUCGAAAGGUUGCCAAUUUGUAUUUCUUAUUCAUGGCAAUUAUUGGAUUGAUACCAGCUAUUAGUUCAAACAAUAUAGUAUUGAAUUUGCUCCCUCUUACUACCGUUGUUUUCUUCACUGCUUGUAAAGAUGCUGUAGAAGAUAGAAAUCGUCAUCAAAUUGACGCGCAAUUCAAUGGGGCAACAAGUUAUCAUUUACGAAAUUUUUUAAAUGUCAAUUAUCCAAUUAAGCCUAAACUUACUUUAUGGAAAAGAUUUAUCAUUUGGAGAAAUAUUCGUGUAGGUGACUUUUUAUUCCUUAGGAAUGGUGACGCCGUACCAGCAGAUUCAAUCAUUAUUUCAACUUCCGAACCAGCAGGAACUUGUUUCGUUGAAACGAAAGAUUUAGAUGGAGAGACAAAUCUUAAACCUCGUCGAUGUGUUAUUGAUACAAAAAAUGUUCGUUCCGCUGAAGAUUGUGCCAAAUUAAAAUUUUGGGUUGAAUCUGAAGCACCAAAUUCAAAUCUAUUUACUUAUAAUGCAACUUUAGUUAUACCUGAUAUCCCAGAAGAGAUUGACAUAACUUUACCCACCACCCCAACAAUACCCGUAGCAUCAAAGGAAUUGAAGCCCAAGAAAACUAUUUCUAUAGAUAUAAAUAAUUUAUUAUUACGUGCGCAUGUUAUUAGAAAUACAGAAUGGGUUAUUGCCAUAACGGUUUAUACUGGAGUUGAAACAAAAAUAAUGCUUAAUUCGGGUGAAACUCCAAGUAAGAGAAGUCGAAUAGAGAAAGAAAUGAAUUUUGAGGUCAUUCUCAAUUUUAUAAUACUUAUUAUUCUUGCCUCAAUUUGUGCUAUCGGAAGUGGAAUAUCUUUAAAUGUAUUGGCGGAUAAAUAUGGAUACAAUAUCGUUGAAAAUAUUGAUUCCAAUCGUCAAUCCAUAGAACUCGCUUCCUUCUUGACUUUUUGGACAGGAUUAAUUAUCUUUCAAAAUAUAUUACCAAUUUCAUUAUAUAUUUCAAUUGAAUUUGUAAAAGGUUUUCAGGCAUUCUUUAUUUUUAAUGAUCUUGAAAUGUGGGAUGAAGAAACAAAUUCACCUUGUGUUCCAAAGUCGUGGAAUCUUUCUGAUGAUUUAGGACAAAUUGAAUACGUAUUUUCCGAUAAAACUGGUACUUUGACUCGUAAUAUCAUGGAAUUUCGUCAAUGUUCUAUAGAUGGAAAAGUAUAUGGGAAUAAUGGUUGGGGAGGAGUAACUGAUGCAGAGAAAGGAAAAAUGUUGGCAGGAAAUAAUAUUGAAAAGAAAAAACCGAGUCAAGAUCAAAUAUGGGCACAAUAUCUUGAAGAAUUGAAAAAAACCUUUGACCCAAAAUAUUCAAGUACGGAUAAGAAUUUUUUGACAUUCGUUGAUCCAGAAUUAUUUCGAGAUUUAAGGGACGAAAUUGAUGAAAUUAACGAUAAAGAUUUUAAAAUACCAAAUAAAUCACAACUCAUUAAAGAAUUUUAUACAUUAUUGGCGGUUUGUCAUACAGUUGUAGUAGAUGAAAGUGAACCUGUAACAGAGACUACAUCAUCUGAAGCUGGUAUUACUGGUGAGGUAAUAAAAGGACAAUCUGAACCAACUAGUGAAAUUAAUUUAGCUUCAGUCGAUGAAGAGAAAAAAACUGAACUUAAUUCUGAAAAUCAAAAUACUUUAAAUUCUGCCGUACAAAAAGUUAAAAAUUCUUUAAAAGAAAUUGUUCCUUCAUUUAUUGGAAUAGGUUCUUCAUCAACUUCAAAGUCACCACUUCCUGUCGCUACAGCAAAAGAUCCCAAGAGAAUUGAUAAAACAGUUAGCCGUAAUCUUGUAUAUAAAGCUGAAUCACCUGAUGAAGCAGCUUUAGUAUCAGCUGCUAAGAAUGUAGGAUUUGUAUUUCUUGGACGAAGUAAUAAUUCUAUAAAUGUUGAUGUUCUCGGCAAGGAAUAUGUUUUUGAACUAUUAAAUAUUUUAGAAUUUAAUUCUACUCGUAAAAGGAUGAGUGUAAUAGCUCGUCGUCCUACAGAAUUAGGUGGAGGUAUAGUAUUAUUUUGUAAAGGGGCUGAUAAUGUUAUUAUUGAACGAUUGGCUAGUGGUCAAGAUCAAUUUGUUAAAGCGACAUCACAAAAUAUUGAUGAAUUUUCUAAUAAUGGUCUUAGGACUUUAACAUUGGCAUAUCGUAAAUUAGAUGAAACUGAAUAUAAAUUAUGGGCAGCAAAAUAUGAUAAGGCAUCAACAGCAAUAGUAGAUCGAUCGAAAAUGAUUGAUGCAGUUUCAGAAGAAAUUGAAAAUGAACUUAUACUUUUAGGAGCUACGGCAAUUGAAGAUAAACUUCAAGAAGGAGUUCCCAAAAGUAUCGCAUCACUAAGAGAAGCCGGAUGUAAAGUUUGGGUUUUGACGGGAGACAAAUUAGAAACAGCUAUAAAUAUUGGAUUUGCUGCACAGUUAUUAACGAAAGAGAUGAGACUUUGGAUUGUAAGGGGGACAAAGGGUGAAGAAGUAAGGAAUCAGUUGGAUCAUAUUGUUGCACUUUUAACAGGAAAAGGAGAUACAAAAUUAGAAAAAGGGGAGGAACCUAUAAAACCAGGAGAACAACAUGCAUUCGUUGUUGAUGGUAUAUCACUUUCAUUUUUGUUAGAAGAUGGACCCGCUCGUCAAAAAAUUAUUGAUGUAUCGGAAUUUUUUCAUUCAGUAAUUUGUUGUCGAGUGAGUCCUUUACAAAAAGCAUUAGUAGUAGAAUUAAUACGUAGAGGAAAGAGAUCUACCACACUUGCUAUUGGAGAUGGAGCUAACGAUGUGAGCAUGAUUCAAGCGGCAAAUGUUGGGGUUGGAAUAUCCGGACAAGAAGGGGUCCAAGCAUCGAUGGCUGCAGAUUAUUCCAUAUCACAAUUUAAAUUUUUAACCAGACUUUUACUUGUUCAUGGUUUUUGGGAUUAUAUGCGUAUAGCUGAAAUGAUCUUAAAUUUCUUUUAUAAAAACGUAAUAUGGGUAUUUCCUGUAUUAUGGUUUUCGGCCAAUAUAUUUUACGAAUAUAGUUUUGUACAAUUAUAUAAUAUGAUUUUUACGGUUGGAUCAGUUAUUGCUUUAGGAACUACCGAUCAACCCGUUAGUGCAUCAUAUUGUUUGAGAUAUCCCAUCAUUUAUAGUUUAGGAAUAAAACAAAAACGUUAUUCGAGAAAAUUGUUUAUAAUUUAUUUUAUGGAUGGAAUAUGGCAAUCUUUAGUCGUUUAUUUUACAUUUUUUUUCAUUUUUUAUUAUUCUACCAAUAUUGUAAGUUCGGCGGGUUUAGAUUCCAUAUCCACAGAAUUUUCUGCAGCGGUUGCAAUUACUGUAAUUGUAGUUGCAAAUUUAAUUGUAUCAUAUAAUACCUAUCAUUGGACUUGGUUUAUUUGGGCAGUAUUAUUUGGAGAAUUAAGUCUUAUAUUUUUAUAUGUUAUGAUUUAUGGAUUAUUUCCUGAAGGUCCAAUAUAUAAAGUUGGUGAACAAUUAUUUAGUCGAGGAGCUUUUUGGUUUGGAAUGAUGUUUUCCAUAUUUUUAUGCGGUUUACCAAGAUAUCUAGUUACUUUUGUUAAACAAUGGUGGUUCCCGGAUGAGUUGGAUAUCGAAAUAGAACAAUGGUCACAAUAUAAAGAAUUUAAAGAUAUAAUCAAAAUUCCUUCUUUUCCAAGUCCAAAAAAAGAACCACCAAAAAAUGACAAGUUUUCUAAUGAUACAGUUUCAUUAAUCGCGUCGGCUGUCUCUAAAAUGACAAAAUCGACUGUGGUAACUUAUUACGAUUAUUUAGAACGCGAUCAAAAAGAUCCUCGAAUAUAUGAACAACUUGAUUUUAAUUCAUUUUAUAAGACAUAUUUAGUUGGUGUUAGACCUCAACUUCAACGACUAGUAUUUAAUGGACAAGAACUUUUUAAUAUCAAUAAUCUUGGAUUUUACAAUAUUACUAUGGGCAAUUUUAAAUUUUUAAAAGUAUGCGAAUGGAAAGAAAUUAGAUUCAAUACACCAAUUCGCAACUUUUAUGUUACAAAUGAAGAUUCGUCAGUAAAUGAUGAUAAGGGACGUGUAAUAGUGGAAAUUCUCAAAAACAAGAGAAAGAGAAAAUGGAAAAUUUCAUUUCAUGGAGUAGCAAAAAAUCAUCAUAAUCAUUCAAUUGCAGAUGAUGGAUAUUUAGAAAGUGAGAAAUAUCAAAAAGAAUAUCAAAAAGAAUAUCAAAAGGCACAUCAAUUUAAUAAUUUUAGUCAUGGAAUUUAUACAACGCCUAACAUUAACCUUGCUUCUUUAUACGCAAAGACAUUCACUCAUGAUGGUAUCAAAUUUCAAAUAUUAUUUCAAAAUUUAGUUGAUUCUGAGACUUUAGUAAAAGUUCCUAUAUCUCAUCAUUUGAAAAAAGCAGAAUAUUGGGUAACCCCUGGUGAAUUCGAUAUUAUAUUGUAUG